AUGGUUUAUCAUCCGGUUAAAUUGAAUCUCACAAGAGAUCACGUCCGAAAGCUCGCAAAGGGCAAAAACAUUCGCCUCUCAAACAAUCACAUCAAGACUGGUGGACAGACUGUUCAUUUGACCAAGACACAAAUCAACCGCAUCGGUAAGGCACGUAAGACAGGUUCUGGUAUCACUUUGCAGCUUUCAUUGCCUCAGCUUCGUCAUCACGGUCGUCACGGCGCGGGUUUCUUUGGUAAUCUGCUCAAGGGUGUUGCAAAGAACGUCAUUAAUACAGCCGGCAAGACACUUUUAGAUAAAGGUACACAAAAGCUUGCCGACUAUGGUGCCAAGAAAGGUGGUAUCAUUGGUACACUCGCAAAUGCUGGUGCCAGUACACUUUCAAAAGUAGGCGACCAUGUCAUCGACAAAGUUAAUACCAAGCUUGGCGGCUCUGGUCUCACUAAGGCAGGCUGGAAAUCUGCUUGUAGUCGUGCCAAGGCAAGUGCCAAGAAAGGAGGCAGCUUUAACACUCACCUCAAACGUGAACUGAACAAAGAAAUCAAAAAGAAGACAGCCAAACGUAAAUCUGCAGGCUCAAAACGACCUGCUCGUGGUGGUCAGGGCUUCUUAGGAAAUAUCUUAGGCAGCAUUCUUCCAUUUUAA